AUGCCGUCGCCCUUGACAGUGGAAGGACUGAGUGCCGAAGACGUCCGUGGCAAGAUUGAUCUUCUCAUCAACAACCUUGUCAACAUCAAGGACGAUACGGGCCGCUUUCUGCUGAAAUUGCCCGAUGGGCGUAUAAUCGACACAAAGGGAUGGAAUGAUUGGGAAUGGACUCACGGUAUAGGCCUCUAUGGCCUAUAUCAAUACCAUGCUUUGACUUCCUCUCCCACACCCCUGCAGAUCAUUAAGGACUGGUUUACCGCAAGAUUAGCGAAGGGGACCACCAAGAACGUCAACACCAUGGCCGUAUUUCUGACACUCGCCUAUGUCUACGAGGAAACUGACGAUCGUAGCUGUAUCCCUUGGCUGGAUCAAUGGGCAGAAUGGGCCAUGUAUGAGCUACCGCGAACAACUUUUGGCGGGAUGCAGCAUCUAACGUAUCUGGACGAAAACCAUCAUCAGCUUUGGGACGACACUCUCAUGAUGACAGUUAUGCCACUGGCUAAGAUCGGAAAAUUGUUGAAUCGGCCGCAUUAUAUUGAGGAGGCCAAGCGACAGUUCUUGUUGCAUAUCCAAUAUCUUUAUGAUCCCCUGACGGGACUUUUCUUCCACGGUUGGCAAUUUGAUGAAAAGGCACCAGGUGGACUCGGUCACAAUUUUGCUCGAGCUAGAUGGGCCCGAGGGAAUAGCUGGCUGACCAUCGCCAUUCCUGAUUUUAUCGAACUUCUGGAACUCGCACCAGAUGAUGGCCUCAGAUUGUACCUGGUUAAUGUAUUGGAAGCCCAAAGUAGAGCUCUGCGAAAAUUGCAGACAUCUGAUGGGAUGUGGCGGACAUUGCUUGAUGUUCCAGAAACUGAAGGCAGUUAUUUGGAGGCCUCUGCUACGGCAGGAUUUGCUUAUGGUUUGUUGAAGUCGGUCCGAAAACGAUACAUCUCCAAGGAUUACCAGGAGGUUGCGAUGAAAGCAGUCAAAGCUGUCAUUCAGAGGAUCAGUGAUGAUGGAGAGUUGAAAGAUGUCAGUUUUGGUACCGCCAUGGGAAAGAACUUGAAGCAUUAUAUCGAUAUCGAGAGAACCAGCAUGCCGUAUGGUCAAGCGAUGGCAAUGAUGGCUUUGGUCGAGUUUUUGAGAGUAUACGUAUAA